CCAUCCUCGAUCCGGUCCUCCUCCACCGCAUCUUGACGUCUGUGGUUUCGCUGCUCUCCUCUUUCCACCGUGGCUUGGGCGGUGCAGGCGAUCCCCCAGAGACCAGAGACCAGACGAGCAUGAUCUGCCCUCUCGAUCGUUGUCACAUCUAGUUCACCGCAAUCUGUUUCGCUCUCCAGCUCCCACUGCCAAACAUCAGAGUGUUUGUACCUUUUCCAGCCGAUGCCAUUCAAAUACGAGCCCAAUCCGCGGUUGCUCCUUGCUCCAUCGAUCAAACCCUCCUGCCAUCGCAGCCACGGUCUCAGAAAGGCCCGGAGAAUUCGACCUUGGUGAUUCCAUUGGCGCCCAUUGACCCCGAGUCGGAUAUGAUUGCCACCUCAUCCCUCAGCGCAGAAAGACCGGGCUCUUCUUCCCUCCCCCUCCUCGCUCACGAUGCCACCGAUCGUCCUGCCUCGAGGGCGCAGACGGCCGUUUCCGAGGCCAAAGAACUGCCCGUAACCUACUCCACCGAUGCUCUGCUACGCGAACCCCUCGAGGAAAAUGAACUACGCCAAGUCAAUGGUGGUCGCCGUGCGGAACAAGAGCUGCCUCGCCUACAAGCAAACGCGCAAAUAGAGAAUGGCGACAGCUUGGAGCCCAUCCUCGAAGACGAUCCUGCGUCCUUCAACCUCAUCGCUCCUGCACCCCCAGACCAAGGCGACAUCUUCUCGUUAGAGACACAGACACAAGCCCUCUUCUCGAGGGGACAUCUACAAGUCAUCUUUGCCGACCCCGGCUACCUCUUCAAGUUCACAUCUUUCCUUGGAAUGUACAGACCCCAGUCGGUGCCCAUGCUCGUGCACUAUCUCGACUCUCUCAAAUCACUACGGGCCAUCAAUUAUGCCAACGCCAUCUGCGAGGGCUUAGACCCGAUAGAAGGAUAUGAGUUUACACAAAGGCCGGUCAAGCCAACCAUCAACACGGCAUUGGAAGAGCGGGCGCACAAGGCUUUCGAAAUUCUGGCGAUGGAGGAACUGCCUGCUUUCAUCACGCAUCAGUACAUACAAGUCGUGAGCAACAGUAUUACCGCCCGAAUAACGGGUUCGCUCUCGCCUCAGUUGCGGGAGGCCUCAGACGGAUUGGCAGAAGUGUUUUGUUUGACAGAUCCCUCCAGGCACGACAACCCGAUUGUCUUCGCCUCAGAAGAAUUCAAUCGGACGACCCAGUACGGCAUGUCAUAUGUUCUGGGUCGGAAUUGCAGGUUUUUGCAGGGGCCUAUGACAAACCCGCACAGUCUGCGAAGGAUCCGAGACGCCCUCAAAGCAGGCAGGCAACAUCAAGAAGUCCUUCUCAACUAUCGACGGGACGGCUCUGCGUUUGUGAACUUGUUCAUGAUGGCUCCUCUUUCUGACAGUAGAGGCGUGGUCCGAUACCACAUUGGGGCACAAGUCGACGUGAGUGGCCUUGUCAAAGACUGCGCCGAAAUGGAAUCCCUGCGCAAGUUGUUGGAUCUGCGUGCUCGGGGCGAGGAUCCACCACUGCCCGAGAAGCCUAACCCGGAGAAGAACGACGAGCUGCGGGAAUUGAGCGAGAUGCUCAACCAGGGCGAGUUGAAUACGAUCAAGCGCCAUGGGGGGAAGAUGCACCGUGAAAUUGUCGAGGAUGACAUCGAGAGUGUCUCGUCUCACCAUCAACCUCGACUGUUGCUCAAGGACCCGGACACCAUGGUGCCAUCGAUUGCCAGCAUCAAUGGCAGGUUGAGUGGCAUAUAUCAACACUAUCUCCUCGUACGGCCAUACCCUUCUUUGCGAAUUCUCUUUGCGAGCCCGUCACAACGAUUGCCUGGCAUCCUUCAAUCGCCCUUCUUGAGCAAGAUCGGCGGGUCAAAUCGAGUGCGGGAGGAAUUGACGACGGCGUUUGCUGAAGGACGAGGCGUGACUGCCAAAGUUCGCUGGGUCACCAAAGGUGACGACCAAGGCAAGAACAAGUGGAUUCAUUGCACUCCGCUCCUGGGCCAGUCAGGUCAGAUUGGCGUGUGGAUGGUGGUGGUGGUUGAUGAUGAGAAGACCACCGAAAGAUGGCCUCCUGUAGCAGGACGACUCCCGCCUCAAGUGGCCACCCCAGAGAGGAGCUGGACUCCGGCACCAAGCAGCGGAUACCAGAUGGUCGGAUCGAGCCACAACGGUGUUGGCGACAUACACGGCGGGCACUCGGAUCGCAAUGGUGGAGGGAGCCUAGGCAGUGCCAGUGGCAGCGCCACCAGCCUGAGGAUUGGAUGAGUACAGGCAUUGAGCUUUCUUGGAUGUUGUUUACCUUGCCUUUUUCUGGAGCAUCUGCUGGUACAUGGACUAUGUAAGAUGGUCAAGAGAAGAGAUUUGCAUUUUGGUUAUCUGGUGGCCCAACGGAGGGGGUGUUCAGGGGGCCUUUACUGACUGCUUGUAGUAAUAUUUGGUGAGCAUCUCACACCACCGAGCCCAGAUAUCAUUAAUGACGUCGAUGUUUGUUCAGCUUUCAUGCUAG